AUGUCUCCGUCGCCGGAGAAAGAGGUCCUCUUGAUGAGCCCCGCCAGUGAGCUGUCCGGCGGCAAGAAAAAACGCUCGAAUUCAGAAGCAGCCGAAUAUCCUCGACGACGAGCAACCAUUGCAUGUCAAAUAUGUCGACUACGAAAGACACGAUGCAAUGGAGCCCGACCCAAGUGUCAGCUCUGCACCGACCUCAACGCCGACUGCGUUUACCGCGAGCCCGGGAUGAAGCUCGAUGCCGGAGACAAACUGAUCCUCGAGCAUUUAGCCCGCAUUGAAGGCCUGCUGCACUCCAGUCUAGCAGGGCAAGACCUUCCUCUUCCUCAGUUGGCGCUGGCGUCGGCCUCUCCAACCACGAGUAAUGACUCCAACAUCGGUAGCGAUGACCCGUUCGCCAGGCCAUCCAGCGCCGCCCAUGUAUCCAGCAGGAUUCCCGUCUCUGCGGGCCUUGGAGGCUGGGCGAAUCCGCCUCCCCCCAUGAGCAUUUCGACGAUGCCCAAGAUGCACACCACCCCAGCCCUGAAUCUGCUGCAUUGGCCCCUGAUCCGGGAUCUGGUUUCGGGGCCUUACGACCCACAGAAUCUACUUCAGCUCGAAAUGGCUCGCGAACCAUUGCGAAUGACCCCGAACUCGGGGUUUGACCUGGCCAACGCAACUACCUAUGUGCAUGCCUUCUUCACCCACGCGAAUGUUUGGUAUGCAUGUGUGAAUCCGUAUACUUGGGAUAGAUGCUACCAGACGGCUCUCGCGCAUGGUUUCCAGAACGGACCCGUAAGCUGUCUAGUACUUUUAAUACUGGCCCUGGGAAGUGCUAGUCAUCACGGGAGUAUAUCCUUUGUGGCACCAGAUUGCGACCCGCCAGGUCUUGCAUAUUUUGCGGCCGCAUGGAACCUCCUACCAUCGGUCAUGAUGCGCAAUACGGUCAUUGCGGCACAAUGCAUGGUUCUGGCCUCUGCAUACCUAUUCUAUCUCGUCCGGCCGCUGGAGGCAUGGAUGCUGUUGUCGAAUGUGAGCAUGAAGUUACAGCUGUUGUUCGGCGGCAGCCCCAACCGCGUGCCGGUGCAGUGGCGGGAGCUCAGCGUGCGGGUGUAUUGGAAUACACUACUCUUCGAGAGUGAUCUACUCGCAGAGCUGGACCUGCCACACUCUGGUAUAGUGCAAUUUGAAGAGAUGGUAGAUCUCCCGGGUGGCUUCGACGAGGAAGACGACGAGAACGAGGAAGAAAGUGGCCAUGAGAUUACCGAGGAGCCUGCUGGUCGGGACGAUCUCUGGUACUUUCUGGCUGAGAUUGCACUGCGUCGACUUCUGAAUCGAGUGAGCCAUCUCAUCUACCAGAAAGGCAGUACCCACACGCUUUCUGCCCUGGGUCCCAUCGUCUCGGAGCUGGACUUCCAACUGUCCCAGUGGUACGAUAGCCUGCCCAAGCCCAUCCAAUUUCCUCUCACGCAAGUACCCAUCUCCAACCCCGUCCAAACGGUCCUCAGACUACGCUACAACGCUUGUCGGACCAUUAUAUACCGCCCGUAUAUUUUAGCAGUGCUCGAAAAGGAAGAAGCUGGAAAUGAUCAAGGAGUGCGAGAGUGUUGUCGGCGUUGCCUCGAUGCCACCUUGCGCCAGCUGGAACAUAUCACUCAGCAUCGUGAAGGCCACCUGCCGUAUUUAUGGCAAGGUGCUCUGUCGAUGGUAUCCCAGUCCCUCCUGAUCAUGGGGGCAAGCAUGUCUCCCUGCCUCUCGUCCCUGCUACCGCCUGGCGUGAAGGUGGACGCGAUUAUUUCGAGCGUGGUAUCUGAGGUGGAGCGAUAUGCACAUCUGGCGCCGAGCUUGAAAUUAUCCGCCGAGAUCAUUCGCGACGCUGAGCGACGGCGGCAGAUAUGUCUUCGCUCAGCCAGCAUUCAGAUCUAA